AUGCGCUCAGUUACCAUCUUCGCAACCUGGUGCUCGUGCUUGGUUCUGGCGCUGGCAGCUACCACUGGGACCGCGACGCCCUUCAUUCCCCCCGCAGUCCCACUCGCCGUUCGGUCCCCUUACCUGUCAGCAUGGCUUAACCAAGGGAAGGGCAACGCUUUGAACAACGUUUGGCCUUCUUUUUGGAGCGGAACUAUUUUGGGUUGGGCAGGCUUCGCCAAAGUAGACGGGGUAGCCUAUGGCUGGCUCGGUACGCCUGGGCUGCCGGCGGGUGUGAACUCUACAAAGGCCACGCAGAAGAGCCUCCAGAUUACUUCCACUCAAAGCAUCUUCGUAAUGACUGCCGGCCCGGUCGAUCUUACUAUCACGUUCCUUAGCCCCGUCGAGCCUGCCGACUUUGUGAACCAGUCCCUCCCGUUCUCUUACCUCGCUGUAUCUGCAGCCUCGAACGACGGCCAAGACCAUAACGUUCAGAUAUAUUCUGACAUCAGUGCGGAAUGGAUAUCCGGGGACAAUAGCCUAGAAGCACGGUGGAGUACAACUAUGGGAGACGUCAUCACCCACACAGUCCAGUUGGACGUGCAGCAUGCGUACACGGAAGUCAGCGAUCGUAUUCAGGAUGGCUCUGCUUACUAUUCCACUUUGAACCCUAGCGGUACAGCAUCCUGGCAAUCGGGCCAAGAUAUCGUCGUACGAUCCCAAUUCGUCAAUAAAGGGGUACUCGCAAACACGCAGGACCCCAACUUCCGUGCUGUCUCGGACGACUGGCCGGUGUUCGGUCUCGCUCAUGACUUGGGUGCCGUCAACGCGGCUUCCGCGCCGGUGGUGUUCUCCAUCGGGCAUUACCGCGAUCCGGCCGUUCAGUAUAUCGUGGCGAAUAAUCAGCUUCAAGCGCGGCGUCUUGCGUUCUGGUCGCGGUAUUCAAGCGCCAAUGAGGCAAUCUUGGCAUUUCUCAACGAUUAUACCGACGCUCUAUUGCGGGCCAAUGCUUUCGACGCACAAGUUGCCCAGGAUGCAUCGAAAGUCUCCAAUGACUACGCAUCUAUCGUCGCGCUUUCGGUCAGGCAGACAUUUGGGGCUCUCGAAAUCACGCUUCCGACAGACCUCAACACGUCUGACGUCCUGAUGUUCCACAAAGAGAUAAGCAGCGACGGUAAUGUCAACACGGCGGACGCCAUCUUCCCAGCAUGGCCGCUCUUUUGCUACAUCAACCCCACUCUCGGAAAGCAGCUACUGCUGCCUCUUCUCGAGUACCAAGCUACGGGGCAAUAUCCAAACGACUGGGCUCUUCACGAUGUCGGCUCAAACUAUCCCAAUGCAACUGGGCAUAACAAUGGCGCCGAUACACCCAUGCCCGUCGAAGAGUCCGGCAACAUGCUCAUCAUGGUUCUGAGCUACACCCAGAGGACGAACGACACCUCCCUGAUCGAAAACUACUAUACCCUCCUCGACAAAUGGGCCCAGUAUCUCGUGAGAAACGCGCUGGAACCAGGAAACCAAUUCGACACGGAGAACUGGGAGGGCGCAUCCGCCAACCAGACGAAUCUCGCUAUCAAAGGCAUUAUCGGUAUCAAGGCCAUGUCGGAGAUUGCGGCUAUACAGGGCGACACGGCGAAAGCCUCCGGUUACAGCUCAACAGCGUCGCAGUACGCCCAGCAAUGGGAGAAGCUUGCCACGUCCACUGACGGCACGCACUUGACCCUCAAUUACGGCAAUACUACGAGCUGGGCCCUUGCGUACAACCUCUAUGCGGACAAGCUGCUCGGCACGAACGUGUUCCCGCAGUCUGUGUACGACAUGCAAACCAAGUGGUACAGCAGUCACGCAAAUACUUACGGGGUACCACUGGAUAGCAGGAAUACUUUGACAAGCACCACCUGGCAGAUGUUCGCCGCAGCCACGGUUACCGACGACGCCGUCCGCGACCUGUUGGUCAGCUCCGUCCUCAAGUACGCCGCGGCUGGGAACACGUCCCAGCCGCUCGGCGAUUGGUACGACACAAUAGCUAGCACGCUGUCGAAGACCAAUCGGGCAGAAGGAGCCGUUGGUGGCCACCUCGCACUAGUAUGGACGGCUUGUCAACCUGUGUCUGCAUACCCCUUUUAA